AUGCCGCCUAUUCCGACAACGACAGACACUGAAGCACUCUCUUUAAUCGAGUCAAUCGAACGGCACCACAACGACCUGUCGACCUUCCAGAUUCCUCGUCUGAGGGCGUGUACAGGUUCUUUGACCACGCAACAAGCAUGUGCUGCAGAGGUGAGGGAGGACAUCGAAGGUCUGGUGAGGCAAAUUGAAGAACUGGAUGUCCUGGUUGACGACCACAGGACUGAGCGGGCGAGGAGAGAGCUGAGGAGAAGAGUCGAAUUUUUUCGUGAUUCAUUAAUAAGUCUACGCAAGGACGCUCGAGCAGCAGUCCUAGCGUCGAAACACGCGAUUGACUCCAAAAGUCGGUCGCAGCGAGAGGAGUUAUUGAGGUCCCCUGCCGUUUGGCCGAAAAGUACAAGCUCCUCGAGCGAAAAAAUAACCGAAGACGUCACGAAAGCCAAUCAUGAUGUCACCGAAGCGCUUCAACGAACCAUUGGACUGAUGCAGAAAGAACUCGAGCGCAGUGUUAUGUCUUGUCAACUACUAGAGUCAUCCACCGCAACUAUCCAAUCCACAUCCACAACGCACGACAAGCUCGAUCUCAUCCUGGGCACUUCCAAACAACUCAUUACCGCACUCGAAAAGACCGACUGGCUCGACCGUAUCCUCAUUAUAUCUGGCCUCGUGUUUUUCGGCCUCGUGGUCCUCUUUAUCAUCAAGCAGCGCAUCGUUGACCACGGGCUACGUAUCGCCUUGUUCUGGACGAGAAUAUUCCCAAGCCCUGGUUCGAGUACGCGCGGGGUAGUGCAGAAGGCUGGGGAGGUUGUAACGAGUGUGUCGGCCGCCACUACUGGUUUGAAUGUAAACCACGUAGUGGAGGACGUCUCAUCUGGUAUUUGA